GUGUUGCAGAAAUUAUCCCGCAAAAUCACAUCUUCAAUCCCCUCUCUCCGGUUCUGCUCUGGCCGCCAUGAAUAUCUUUUGUGCCAUUCUCCGCUAUUAGGGAAAUUUCCAGUGUUAGAUUGUGGAAUUUACUGCCAUAUAUUUGGGGGGCACUUGUCUGAAAUCUUCUAUUCUGAUGAUUCUGGUUGAAUGUCUGAGAUUUAAAUUGCCUUAAAAUUGCUUGAUUUUCUCACAUUGGACUGCCUAACCGGCGAGAUGGCUCUGACAUUGCUUAGAGGGAUUCGAGCCCGCCCUUUUCUGCUAUAUCCAUCUGGAUUAUUUUCAAGGAAACAUGGUUUAUUUUAUUGCACGAUGAAGAGCACACAAGCUCAAACUACAACACAUGAAAAGCAACAGCUCCAAGUGAAAAUUUCAACUGAGAAAACCCACUCCAAAAGACUUGAUAAAGUCUCAAAAAAUUAUGAGGCAAUUAUUGGUAUAGAGACUCAUGUACAGCUGUGCACUCUUACCAAGGCCUUUUGUAGUUGCCCUUACAAUUAUGGGUCUCAACCAAACACCACUAUUUGUCCUGUUUGCAUGGGUUUGCCUGGAGCAUUACCAGUUUUGAACACAAAGGUCAUUGAGUUCGCUGUAAAACUGGGCCUUGCACUCAAUUGCAAAUUGUCUUUGAAUUCAAAGUUUGAUAGGAAACAGUACUUCUAUCCAGACCUCCCAAAAGGUUACCAAAUAUCUCAGUUCGAUAUCCCAAUUGCAACUGGUGGUUUCAUUGAUUUGGAUCUUCCAGUUGAGUUUGGUGGAGGCCAUAGAAGGUUUGGCAUUACCAGGGUUCAUAUGGAAGAGGAUGCUGGAAAGCUGCUUCAUACUGGAAAUGGGAGCUCCUCAGAGGUUGAUUUGAACAGGGCUGGUGUGCCUUUGCUUGAAAUUGUUUCUGAACCUGAUAUGAGAACCGGUAUUGAAGCAGCAGAGUAUGCGGCUGAAUUGCAAAGGUUGGUUCGAUUUUUGGGAGUGAGCAAUGGCAAUAUGCAAGAAGGUUCGCUUCGUUGUGAUGUCAAUGUCUCUGUUCGGCCCAUUGGACAAUUAGAGUUUGGUACAAAGGUUGAGAUAAAGAAUUUGAACUCUUUUUCAGCAAUAAAUAGGGCCAUUGAUUUUGAGAUCUCAAGGCAGGUUUUUCUCCUUAAUGAAGGUCAGAGUAAUCAGAUUGUACAGGAGACUCGCCUUUGGGAUGAGGGAGCCCAGAAAACAGUUACAAUGAGGAAGAAGGAAGGACUUUCUGAUUAUCGCUAUUUUCCUGAGCCUGACCUUCCAGAAAUUAUUCUCAGUCAGGAUUAUCUUGAUGGUAUUUGUCAUUCUUUACCUGAGCUUCCAGAAAUGAAGCGUCGGAGGUAUGAACAAAUGGGUUUAAGCAUGCAAGACGUUGUUUUCCUUGCCAAUGACAUAAAUGUUGCAGAUUUCUUUGACUCAGCUAUUGCCAAGGGUGCUGAUGUAAAACUUGCUGCAAAUUGGAUUAUGGGGGAUAUUGCUGCCUACAUGAAAAAUGAGAAGUUAUCGAUAAAUGAGAUUAAACUUACCCCAAACGAGCUGGCAGAGCUGAUAUCUUCGAUAAAGGAUGGUACAAUUAGUGGAAAGAUUGGCAAAGAGAUACUGUUUGAGCUGAUGGCAAAAGGUGGAACCGUAAAGGGAUUGAUUGAAGAAAAGGACUUGGUCCAGGCAAUAGACCCUGCUGAAAUUGGAAACAUGGUGGAUAAAGUGCUUGCAGAGAAUCCCAAGCAGCUGGAACAGUAUCGGGGAAAAACUAAGUUACAAGGUUACUUUGCUGGCCAGGUAAUGAAACUAUCGAAAGGUAAGGCGAAUCCUGGGCUUCUGAACAAGAUCCUUUUGGAGAAAUUAAGCGCCAACAGCUGCUAAUAUCAAAGCUGUGUUACUGCAAAUUACUACACCAUUUAGCCAUAACAUUCUGGCUUUUUCGCCCCCCCCCCCCAGCUCGCCGCAGAUAUUCUGCUCAACUUCUUGUGAAUUUUUCAGUGCGUGGUUCCUGAUGGAUUGUGUUCUGGUGAUUUGGUGUUCACCAACCUCACCUUGUCCUUCCUUCAAGUUUGGAACAAGUCUGAAUUGUAUACUCACUUUGAGCUUCAGCUUGGUUUAUAGCAACUUCUAGUUUUUGCUUCAACUUGAGAUGUUUUCCUCUUCUGUAAAGAAUUUUCUUUAGAAUCCUUUAGCUGUCAAAUUGAGUCCAUGAUGUUCUUGUAACCUCAUCUGGGUUAAAUUUGUUAGACACAUUGCAUUAAUGGAGCAAAAUGUUUUGAAAUGAUAAA